AAAGACAGACAAGGAAGACUGCCAUAAAAUAAGGAGCUGUCCUCUGGAUGGUGGAGAACUAUGCUACCUACACUGGAGUGAUUGUUAUGCUGCUGGAUAUUUAUUAGUCAAAAUAUGUAUUUAUUUUUCUAGUAACCUGCUAUGAGGAUUUGACUCAGACCUCAUAAGGAAUUUACAAGCCUACAAGGAAAUCCAUUGCUGAGUGUGUUGAAGACACCUGGACAUAAAGGAGUCCCUUUUUACAAUUUUUAUCAAUCUUCAUCAACAGUGAAAUAUGGUUCUUUGGAUUAUCUAUCCCAUUGUACUAUCCCUGGUGUCCUUCGUGGGUACAUGGAUUGUAUAUGGCUUGGCUCACUCCAACAAUCAUGUGUGCUCCCUGAGCGACUGGAGUGGUCAGGGCUCCUGCAAACAGAAUCAUUCCAAUGGAUGUUGCCUUGUUCCAACCAUUAGCGGAAGUGGAACCAAUGCACCAGAGAGCUCACUUUUCACAGCCACAAUCAAUGCUGGAUCAUUUCUGUUUCUGCUGUUUUGCAUUUUCCACCAUGCUCAUAUUAUGGAGAGACACACUUGCCAUUCCAUCCUGAGCAAAGCUGCUCUGGGCUUUGGAGUGGUGGCGGCCAUGGGCUCCUUCACAGCUGGAAACUGCAACCCACAUUACGUGGGACUUCUUCACUACCUUGGAGCUGCCAUCAGUUUCACAUGCAUCUGCUUCUACACCACCCUGCUCACCGCUCUGACGGGGAAGUGUGUGCUGACAGGUCAUGAGAGAGUUCUCUAUCCGCUGCGCAUCAUCUCCACCGUGGUUCAAGUCAUAUUGACCAUCGGCUAUACUAUUUUGUUCGUCCAGACUGAAUACUUCUACCAUCACCUGUCUGCAGUAUUUGAGUGGAUGCUGAGCUGCAACCUGGAGCUGUUUGAGAUCAGCUAUGCUGUGGAGUUUUUCUAUUUCUCAUCCUACAUGGUUUCAAAUCUGCUGACCAAACGUGAGGAACAGAAGCCUUUGAUAUUGACAAUGUCCUGAUAUAAGGCCGCCAGGGUCCAGCAGGAAGCCCCAAGCACGGAUUAUGGACCAAGUACAUCAGUAACUACAGUGGCUGGACUCUGGUUGAAGGAUCAUUAAUGUUUAUUUAUUCUGCUUUGUUAUUACUGUUGGGAUGAAUUAUGAGUUUACUCCACAGUCUAUAAACUGUUACCUUGAAAUUAUAGUCCUAACUGAGCAUUUGUCCCUCGUAGAUAAUAGGCUAUACUGUAUUUAUUGAAAUAUGCAAACUUGCACAGCUAACGAACAAAACAAUAUGUAUGUAUACACUUUGCCGGGAAAAGUUAGAUUGUUAGUUUUUUUGUGCAUUUACAUUUUCCUGAAAUGGUAGAUCCAAUGGAUUUCUCAAAAGAAUAAAAUAAUCUAUGUAUUAAUUUACUGAUGUCAAUUUAACAUCCUAAUAUACAGCAUCGCAGACCUUGUGUGAAACUUUGGCAAUUUAAUAUCAUUGCUAUUUUAUAAAGCAACUAUUAUAUUUCACAGACAACAGUGAUUUAAUUAUCAAAUUUGAUUUAAUUGAGAUGCUAUUCUGAUUGUGUUCAUGUCUUAAUGAAACUACAACUGGCAUAUGUGAUAUAGACAAAUGUGAGGAGACGCAUACUCCAUGUCUUAAUGCAAUGAAGACCUUUAUUAGUUUACAAGCCAGUUUCAUAUUAUUGCCUAAACCUGUAAUGACUGAUGCAUCAUAUUUGAUAUAUAUUUUUGAGACCUCUGCAUCACCCAUGAUGAAAAAAUAAUUUUAUAAAAAAAAAAAAAAAAAAAAAAUGUAAAAAAAAUGUCAUAAAUAUACAACAAAAACAAUUAGAAAUCUGUUAAACACUAAGUUGGGAUCUUUUUAAUUCCAAUAUUUAAAAAGAAAAAAAACGUUUAUCCUGUGUUCUGUUAAACGUCAGGCAUUAAAGGAUUAAUCUGACUAAGACUGGAGUACUGUGGUUUGACAGGUCUUCCUCAUGGAUGAUCUAUUAAAAGGGUGGAGUUCCCUCAAAUCCACAAGAUCCUGUUCGACUGGAAGAUUGAAACCGAAUGCCAUUCUGCACUUAGUUUUUAUAGCUCUGUCAAUGAAAACACUUCUUUCGUCACCUAAACCAGUUUCUAACAAAGCAAAAGGUGUUUUCAGUCCUUUACUUUCCAUUUUGAUCUGCUGUUUUACAUAUUCCAGUGUACCUGUACAUUGAAGUAAAUACAUCUUAAUAAGAGAGCAUACACGUUUCUCAAUGGAAGGGUUUGAACUUGAGUACAAUAUUGUAAGCCAGAAUUAAAUAUGUGAACUGA